ACAAUCCUCGGCCGCGCGCGGCCUCUUAAAUAUGUCCUUCUGCCCUUGCCGGGAUUUCAUCCAUUCUUUUUCAGUAUGAUUUAUCCGCAGGACCCAGAUUGCCGCGAUGGCGAGGCCAAUCUCCGUCUUACCGAGAAGGACCCUGAUCCCUCGACCCUGGAGAAGGUCAACGGCGAUCUGAAGAAGCUAGAAGUGACAAAUGAGAAGCCAGCGAGUCAUAGUCGCAGUGCGCGGUUUCUGAUAUGGACGAUUCUUAAUGUCACUUCGACUGUGGGGAUUGUAUUCACGAACAAAUCGGUCAUGUCGAAUCCUUCCUUCAGUAACCGACAAGUCUCCCUGGCCUGUUACCAUUUCUUUAUCACCGGCGCUACACUCUGGGCGGCGUCGCAUCGCUUCUUCGGCGCGUUCGUCCCCAAACCCAUCGGCCUCAAGCAAAUGACCCCGAUCGCCGCCGCCAUGGCCAUCCAGGUUGUCCUUCAGAACUUGUCGCUCGCACAUUCCUCAGUCAUGUUCCACCAGCUGGCGCGUCUUCUCCUGACACCAGCAGUUGCGUUACUGAACUACGUCCUUUUUCGAAUCAAGACUCCCCGCGCGGCGCUUAUGCCGUUGGCUCUUUUGUGCUCUGGGGUCGGAGUCGUUACAUACUACGACUCGCUCCCGUCUGCAGAUAGCGGGAGCUCGACGUCUGCUCGCGGUGUGAUUUUUGCGCUGACGGCCGUCUGCGCCAGCUCGAUCUAUACGGUCUGGAUCGGGUACUACCAUAAACGGUAUGAACUGAGCAGCAUGCAGCUGCUCUUGAACCAAGCGCCCAUCAGUGCGUGCUUGCUCUUGUGCGCUAUACCCUGGGCCGAGACGACCCCUGCCGUCUCGUCCGUACCGACCUACAUGUGGAGUAUGGUACUGCUGAGCGGGCUACUCGCAUGCAUGGUGAACCUUUCCCAGUUUUACAUCGUCGAUGCCGCCGGAGCAGUCAGUGGUGCGGUCAUUGGGCAGCUUAAGACCUGCAUCAUUGUAGGGUUGGGCUGGGCCUGGCGCAACCAUGCUGUUCCGCGCCAGAGCAUGAUGGGAAUCAUCAUGGCGUUGAUUGGGAUGAGCAUGUAUAUGAACAUUGUUCUUAAAAAUAGAUGAGCUAUAUAACCUG